AGUAAGUAAGAAUAAUAUAUUUAAAAUUUCCUAAUACACCAUUAGUUUGUUAAACGUGUAUUCAGGAACGAACAAUGAGGUCCAUUCCAUGGCUUUUGCUUUUGUUUCUUUCGCUAUUUGGUGCUACAGAAUGUGGAAUCUCCUCACAGUGGGAUGAAUGCAAUUGUAUAUGGCAGGAGUGGGAAGCAUGGGGCGAUUGUGGCAGCGAGUGUAAUGGUGAACGUCGUCGGUCACGACAAGUGUCUUUAUAUUCCAACGUACCCGGAUGUAUCUUCGAAUUUAACACAUGCGCUACCAACGACAUGGGAUGGGACUACUCUAGGUGUAAUGCAUUUUGUCACAACGGCGGAACAUCUAAUAGCUACUCUUGUAGCUGUAUAACAGGAUUUUAUGGAACAUGCUGUGGAUUUCAGGUAAACUGUGGAAAUCCUGGAUCUAUAUCAAAUGGUAACUUAAACGGAGGUACCUUCACGUAUGGUAGUACUGUAACAUACACGUGUCAGACCGGAUACCUGUUGGUGGACGGAUCAUCUAGUAGAAAAUGUGAGCUGAACGCAAUAUGGAGUGGAACAAAACCAAGAUGUGCAUAUUAUAACUCCUGUUCAAGUGGUCCAUGUAAGAACCGAGCAACUUGUACAAAUAUACCUGAUGAUUAUCAAUGUGCUUGUUCUCAUGGUUGGUCUGGUAAAAACUGUGAUGUUGAUAUACUGCCUCCAGCUUUGACAAAUUGUUCCAGCGACAAAUACAUAACUACAUCAAAACUCACAGAUCUGGUUGAAUGGCAGAUACCUACUUUUACCGAUUCACAUAAUUUUCCGAUAGAUGUCACUGCUAACUACCUUAACAAUGAGUUCACAUUUCCAUGGGGAGAUUUUAAUAUCAGUUAUUCAGCAGUAAAACCAUCAAACGGUUUAAGUACAGACUGCUUGUUUGGUGUCAGUUUGAGGCCAAACCCUUGUACUCCAAUCAAUGUUCCAACGAACGGAGCUUUGAUCUGCAACAACUGGAGAACUGAUUAUGGUCAGUUUUGUACCUUUUUCUGUAAAGAGUCUUACACAGUACCACGUGGUGUUAUAAUAGAGGACUUCUUCGUGUGUGGAGCUUCUGGAUCGUGGACACCUACAAAUACAAUUCCCGAUUGUUCGGUAAUGGUAACAAAUUUACAGUCAACCACAGGAUAUAAUAUUGGUGCAACAUAUUCCAAUUGUUCAGAUAACCGUAGAGAAAUGCAGGAGUUUUACAUAGAAAAACUAAGCCAAUCAGAUUUCAGCUUUUUUUGUGACAAAUUUCAAGAAGAAUGUAUCCCAGAAAAUGUGUCUGUUCAGUGUUGAAGACUUAUUUUUGUUCAGUACAGUCAGCAUUUCAUGUAUCAUUAAAAUAAACACGUUAAUUCUA